GUACCGGAUUCCAAGCCCGAGAUGGAGAGGUUAUCACUGCCAUGCUCUCUAAAGUGAGUGUACAAAACGCUGCAGUGAUGGCAGACUCAGCCCGUCUCAGCGGAGGCGCCGUGCGCUUCGGCGCCACCUACGGUGGAAACAAGUUAUUUUCCCGGGCGUCUGGGAUGUCCUCCGGCGGCGGCGGCGGCGCCUCUUUUGGGCGCUCUUUCGGAGCCGGGGCGGGGAUGGGGAUGGGGAUGGGGAUGGGAGGGGGUGGUGGGGGGGGGGCGUCCCUCGGCCUGCGGUUGGGCCUGGGUGGCGGGGCGGGGAUGGGGAUGGGGAUGGGGAUGGGGAUGGGACUCGGGGGGUCCGCCGGGGCAGGGGCAGGGGGCGCAGCUGCAGGGUUCCGCAUGGGCGUGGCUCCACUGCGAGCUCGGCUGGGUGGGAAAGUCUUUAAGAUCGGAGGGUAUGGAUUUAACCCCGCCUUCUUAGGGGCCGGCGCAGGAGGAUUAGGGGGGUUUGGGGCCAUGCCCACGCUGGAUCCCUCGCUGCCAUCUCUGGACACGGUGCAGGUGACCCGACUCAGGGAGAAGGAGGAGCUGCAGGCCCUGAACGACAAGUUUGCCUCCUUCAUCGACAAGGCCCGUUCCCUGGAGCAGCACAAUGCGGUGCUGAAGGCCAAGAUCGCCAUGUUCACCAACCCGGACCAGGGGGGUCCUGCCAGCGCGUCCAUCUUGCUGACGUCGGCCAUCGGGUCCUACAAAGGCCAGAUCGACUCCCUGAGCGCCACCAAAGAGGCCGCCAUCGCAGAGAUCGAACACUACAAGAGCAUCAUUGAAGAUGUCACAGCCAGGUACGAAGACGAGACAGCACAAACAAAGACUCUAGAGAUCGACUGGACCAAUCUGAAGGAGGAAGUUGAUAACCUCUACUUGUCCAUCUUCGAGCUGCAAACUAGCAUCAGUGGGCUGGAAGACCAGAUCGGCUUAUCCAAACAGGUCUACGAUGCCAAAGUCAAGGAGGUCCGAAACAUUGUGACGGGCAGUGUGAAAUCAGCCGUGUCUAUUUCAGUGGACAACGCCGCCCAGGCGCAGGACCUGACGUCGGCGCUGGCCGAAGUGAGGACGCACUAUGAAGCCCUCGCCCAGCGGAGCAAGCAAGACGCUCUGCUCUCCGUCCAGGACAGCAUCUCCAUGAUGUCUCUGUCCACCCAGCCAAGCACCCACACCCUCACCUCAGCCAAGGAGGAGCUAAGGGUCUACAAACUCCAGAUCGACUCCGUGCAGAGAGAGAUCGACCGUCUCAAGUCACUGAACAUUCAGCUGGAGUCCCAGGUGGAGGAGGCGGAGUCCCACUCAAGCUCACACGCGGAGACUUACCAGGAACAGGUCAUGACCCUCAAAUCACAGCUGGAUGACCUCCGCAAGCAAAUCACCCACUACGGUCAGGAGUAUCAAGAAUUGCUGGCUAGUAAAAUGUCUCUGGACGUGGAGAUCACCGCCUACAGAAAGCUCCUGGACGGCGAGGAAACCAGACUGAAGUCUGGAGGCGGCGUGACUGUCCAUAUGUCUAAAACAGUCUCCGGAGGAGGUGGGGGAGGUUCAGGAGCUGGUCUGGGAUUGGCUGCUGGAGGAGGAGGCGGAGGCUACGGAUUGGCUGCCGGAGGAGGCGGAGGCUACGGAUUGGGUCUUGGUCUAGGAGGAGGUCUGGGAGGCGGACUGGGAGGAGGACUGGGAGGAGGUCUAGGAGGAGGUCUGGGAGGAGGACUGGGAGGAGGUCUGGGAGGAGGUUUUGGCGCUGGUCUGGGAGGCGGGUUCGGUUCAGGACUUGGAGGGGCGGGGUCUUUUGGAGGCAGCAGCUACUUCAGCUCCAGCCUGAACAGCAGCGCAUUCUACUGA